ACUCAUUCUCUGAUUUCUCUCUGCGCCUCUGAUUUUUCAUUCGCCUUCCAAAACAUAUCAUAUAUAUAUCCUUCCUCUGACACUGUAUAGGCGCGAGGAUUAUAUUUUCUCCAUCCAAGCCCCUGCGUCGUCUUCCUUCUCCUCCAAUCCCAAAAAAUGGUCAAUUAUAUUCCAGAAUGAACGUUGAUGAUUCAGUAAGGCCAUAUUCUUCAUCACCCUUUUGAUUUGUUUCGGUGCGAUCGAUCCGGGCUCGGAUACCAUGGCCGCGAAAAUGGAGAAGGGGGCGAUGUUGAUGCACAAGUACCAGAUCGGGCGGUUUCUCGGCCAGGGGAUGUUCGCCAAGGUGUAUCACGCCAGGAACCUCAAAUCCGGCGAGAAUGUCGCCGUCAAGGUUAUUGACAAGAAGAAGGUGAUGAAGGUGGGAUUGAUCGAUCAGAUUAAGCGGGAGAUAUCGGUGAUGAGCAUGAUCAAACACCCCAAUGUUGUCCAGCUUCACGAGGUUAUGGCGAGCAAGACGAAGAUUUACUUCGUCAUGGAAUAUGUCCGGGGAGGGGAGCUUUUUAAUAAGGUGGCGAAGGGGCGGUUGAGGGAGGAAGUUGCCCGGAAAUACUUUCAGCAGCUGAUCGCCGCCGUGGAUUUCUGCCACAGCCGCGGCGUGUACCAGCGCGAUUUGAAGCCGGAGAAUCUUCUCUUGGACGAGAUGGGGAAUCUUAAAGUGUCGGAUUUUGGGCUGAGCGCGCUGGCGGAGUCCCGGCGCCAGGACGGGCUCCUCCACACCACGUGCGGGACGCCGGCGUACGUCGCGCCGGAGGUGAUCACUAAGAGAGGGUACGACGGCGAGAAGGCCGACAUUUGGUCGUGUGGGGUCAUUCUUUUUGUCCUCCUCGCCGGUUAUCUUCCACUCCGGGACUCAAAUCUCAUGGAAAUGUACAGGAAAAUUAUCAAGGGAGAUUUCAAGUGUCCCAAGUGGUUCCCGCCGGAGGUGAAGAAAUUACUCGCAAAAAUUCUUGACCCAAAUCCGAUUAGAAGAAUCUCCCUUUCCAAACUCAUGGAAAAUUCCUGGUUCCAAAAGGAUUUCACCCAACUCAAACCCAUAACCCCCAUCGCUGAUUCCCAGAACGAUGAAUCUCCGAGAAGCGUUCUCGACAUCUUCGACGACCGCUCCACCUCGGACCCCGCCGGAUCCUCGAUGAAACCCACGUGCCUGAACGCAUUCGACAUCAUUUCUCUCUCCCCAAGCUUCGACCUUUCAGGGCUCUUCGACGUGGACACGAACAAGAAACCGGAGUCCCGGUUCACGACACAGCAGCCGGCUUCCACCAUCGUUUCCAAGUUCGAGGAAAUCGCAAUGUCGGAGCACUUUCAGGUGCAGAAGAAAGACGGGAUGGUGAAGCUUCAGGGGAACAAACAGGGGAGGAAAGGGCAGCUCGCCAUUGACGCGGAGAUUUUUGAGGUGACGCCGUCGUUUCACGUGGUGGAGGUGAAGAAAAGCUCCGGCGAUACAAUGGAGUACAGAAAUUUCUGCGAACAGGAGUUGAGACCGUCUCUCAAGGACAUCAUAUGGAAAUGGGAAGGCAGUGAGCAGCCGCGUUAACGACAGCAACGUUGGGAUGAUCGGAGAAUUUUUUAACGUUUUGAUUACAUUCUGAAACUGUUUUCAAAAGGUUGCCCAUAGAAAGUUAGAAACUCUCUGUAUCAAGUUCAUUAAUGAAACUUUUUUGUCCCAAAAGGUU